GUACUCGUCACGGCUGGUCGCCAUAUUAAACCUGACGGAAUCAGCGACGGUCCGACCGCGGUAGGGAUCGCGAGGGGCCCCUCUCUCCCAAACAAAUCCCGAAUUACACCUUUAUUCCCCUUAUUCACCCCGGAAAUCAUUUAUGCAUUGGACUGAAUAAUCCAGUCUGUUCUCAGACAGGAGUCUGGGAAGGAGGUUUUGUUUUAGUGUGUUUGAGAGAUGAGUACUUUGACCCAGCGGAGCUCCGGCCUGGUGCAAAGGCGCACCGAGGCUUCGCGCAGCGCUGCAGCCGCAGACAGAGAGCGCGGAUCCGGCGACGAGGACUACGAGCCCCGCCGUGGAGACGAGCAGGACGACGACGACAGCGGCGAUGCCAAAGAAACCAGACUGACCCUGAUGGAGGAAGUACUGCUGCUGGGCUUGAAAGACCGAGAGGGCUACACCUCCUUCUGGAAUGACUGCAUUUCAUCAGGCCUGCGGGGCUGCAUGCUCAUUGAGCUGGCCUUACGAGGAAGACUGCAGCUGGAGGCCUGUGGCAUGAGGAGGAAAAGCCUGCUCGCCCGGAAGGUUAUAUGUAAGUCUGAUGCUCCAACGGGGGACGUGCUGUUGGACGAGGCUCUGAAACACAUAAAAGACACUCAGCCGCCCGAAACCGUGCAGAGCUGGAUAGAGUUGCUCAGUGGCGAGACAUGGAACCCGCUGAAGCUUCACUAUCAGCUGCGUAACGUCCGAGAGCGCCUGGCCAAGAACCUCGUGGAGAAGGGCGUCCUUACCACAGAGAAGCAAAACUUUCUUUUGUUCGACAUGACUACGCACCCCCUUACCAAUAAUAAUAUUAAGCAGCGCCUUAUUAAGAAGGUGCAGGAGGCCGUGCUGGACAAGUGGGUGAACGAUCCUCACCGAAUGGACAAGCGUAUUCUGGCCCUUAUAUUCCUCGCCCAUUCCUCUGAUGUACUAGAUAACGCCUUUGCCCCGCUGCUGGAUGACCAGUACGAUCUGGCCAUGAAGAGAGUACGGCAGCUGCUGGACCUGGAGCCUGAGGGCGAGAGCAUGAAGAGCAACGCCAAUGAGCUGCUGUGGGCUGUGGUGGCUGCCUUCACCAAAUGAAGCAGGUUCAGUUCUGAUGGACGUGCGACGGAAAAAAUAAAACGGUUGGACUGGUAAAAUCAGGUUUGAGAAGUUUUGACCUGGUGUAUCAAAAUGGAGUCUUGGUUUUCUUGUAGAUAUUGCCCUUCCUCCCUACUCUCUCUGCAAGAUCUAUCAUUGGGUUUCUCAAUUUUGUUUGAAAAGGGGACCGGUGUAUUUUAAUCGUUUGUUUAUUUGAAUGCAAUUGGGUACUUUCUCACCGUAGACUGUUGGAAGAUUUACAUUUUGCAUUGCUGCACAAAAAACCCUGUUUUUCUUUUCUUUUUUUUUCCUUGCCUGGACAUCCGUGUUUGGGUACCUAACAGAUUUUACAGUGUUUUGUCAUCAGUUUCGUACGUUUAAUUGGAAUUGAUUUUUUUGUGACCGAAGCGGUGUACGCCAAAGCAGUAUCUGCAUAUAUGACUCAACAGAUGCUCAAGAAAAUAAAGUACACUUCAGUGUA